AAUUCCGUUUGCUGCCGGAUGAUGAGCACAAAGAAAGGCGGGACAUUACUGUCGUUAUAUUUAUUGUUUGUGUGACUGGAGUCGCUUAUCGAACUGUUGCAAAAAAUAUUUAAUUAAAUAUUUUUCAAAUAUACAUUCCUGUAUCGUAUGCAGGUCGAAUUUAAAAUACAAAUUGCAAACUUUGGUUUAGUUUCAAAGAGAUAUCGGUUAAGCAGGCUAACAGUUUCAUUGAGAAACAUCCCUGGAUCUGUUGACAGCCAAGUCUAUAGCUUGGUUUGUUAUUAAACUAUGGCAAUUGCACACGUUGCCACGGAAUAUGUUUUUUCAGAUUUUUUGCUCAAAGAACCAUCGGAGACAAAGUACAAAGGAGUGCGUCUAGAUUUGGCUGUGGAUAAAAUAGUCACGUUUAUUGCGGUCGGGUUGCCUUUGUUGCUUAUUUCUCUCGCGUUUGCUCAGGAGGUGUCAGUAGGAACACAGAUCACCUGCUUCUCUCCCACCAACUUCUCCUGGCGCCAGGCGGCCUAUGUGGACUCCUUCUGCUGGGCAGCUGUGCAGCGGCAGGACCUGUCCGGCGAUGAGAACGACCACGCUCCGCUCUGGCUGCACAAGUUCUUCCCUUACAUCCUUCUGCUGGUGGCCAUCCUCAUGUACAUCCCUGCCUUGUUCUGGCGUUUCACCGCCGCACCUCAUCUCUUCUCUGACCUGACCUUCAUCAUGGAGGAGCUGGACCGCUCUUACAACCGAGCCAUAAAGCUGGCCAAGAGCCUGGCGUCCAACCUGGACACCAGUGAUGCCCCUGCAGACUCCCAAAGCAGUGUCUUGGACCUGGCAGAAGGGUGCUUCAAGUACCCUUUAGUGGAGCAGUACCUCAAGACCAAGAGGGGCUCCCGAGGCCUUGUCAUCAAGUAUCUCAUCUGUCGAAGUCUGACCCUGGUCACCCUCCUGCUCGCCUGCCUUUACCUGGGCUACUACAUCAACCUGGCAUCCGUCACGGACGAAUUCACCUGCAACAUUCGCACGGGCAUCCUCCAUAACAUGACGUCCAUCCCUGCCGCCAUGCAGUGCAAGCUGGUGGCCGUGGGCGUCUUCCAGCUGCUCAGCUACAUCAACCUGGUGGUCUACGCCUUGCUGGCGCCUGUCAUCGCGUACACCGCCCUCGUACCCGUGAGGCAGAGCACCGCCUUCCUCAGACCCUACGAGGCGCUGCCGACGUUCAGUAUCCUGGACCUGACCACCUCCCUCUACGAUGACCUCAGCAUCUACCUUCUCUUCCUGGAAGAGAAUCUGAGCGAACUGAAGUCCUACAGGUGCCUGCAGGUGCUGCAGCUGAUCCAGGAGAGCGGGGGUGAGGCCCUGGACACCAUGUGCCUGCUUCGCACUCUGGGCCAGGUCAAGACGGAUGUUGUGGAUGGGAAGACUGGGGCCUCACUGAAAGCAGAAGCCGGGGAGCAGGACAGCUCCAUGGAGCUAAAAGACGUCUCCACCCUUUUACUGGAGGAUGGAAAAAGCAAAGGCGGGAAGUGCUGUGACGAGAAGGCGGUGCGCCAAAGAGUGAUCUAACUGUCCCCGGGUUACGCCAGUUGCCAUGACGACAUGACAGGCUGAACUCGACAUCACAUCAGAUGAAAGAUGGUUUGUGUGGGAAGUUGCUGAUCCAGGAUGGGAGACAUGAGAGGACAUUUGUAGUUGAACCUCUCUACUGUUUUCUUUAAGCAAUAAUGGGCUUAAAUGCUGCAGCCUCAUGGAAGUGUAUCACCACUGUAUCCACCAUUCGCUAUAUAUGGCAUAAUUAUGCUUUUAUUAAUGCCAGUCCUUACAUUUUUCAAGGGUGAUAUUAGGCAUAUUGUAUAUGCCUGUUUUUAGGAUGGGGGUGUUGCUGGGUAUUUAUUAGAAUUGGCAAGGGCAGGCGAGAGAUUUGAUGCAGUCUGUAGGGUGCCUGAAUCUCAAGCCAUAUGCCAGUCGCUGGUCCCUCCUAUGUGUUACCCUUUCUUCCUGCAUGAAUAAAGCAAAAAAAAAAAAAAACAUGAAAGAA